AUGCCUAGUUACAUUGUUACCCUUAAGGAGAACGCUACUCCCGAAGAAGUGGCCGCAGCAAAGAAGCACGCUCAGGACCAGGGCGGCAAGAUUGGCCACGAAUACAGCCUUAUCAAGGCUUUUUCAGUUACAUUCCCUAACGAUGCCUUGACCACGUUGGAAUCGAACGAGCACGUUAAAGCUGUUGAGUUGGACCAGGAGGUGAGGACACAAUAG